CUCACAGCUCGCCAAUACGCUCAGGCUCAUCAACUCCGCUCCUUCCACUUCUAGCCGACGAGCCUUGGCGCCUAAGCAAUAUAAAAGCUAUGUGCUACACCUUAACUUCAAUGGGCAACGUGGUGCGGCCGGCUGGAGAGCCCUGGCACGCGCACCGUGCUACGCGGUGGCACGAUGAUGACGGGUACAAGUCAGGUGGGCACGGACACACUGAGGGUACUUGCGGGCUUCAUCCAUGCGGCCGGCUUGAAGCAACACCUGGGUACGCAGGGGGCCGGGGCACGGCGGGGGAGGUAACACUACACCACGGCAUACCACAGUAUCACGCGUUCGAUGUUUGGCACUUUUGUCCCGGGGGCGGGGGCCACCGUGCAGGCGCCCAGCGGCGGCGCCGGGGGCGCGACGCCAGCUGCUGGUGCGUCUGCCAACAGCAGCAGCAGCAGCAGCAGCAGCAGCAGCAGCAGCAGCAGCAGCAGCAGCAGCAGUGUCAGCGGGGGGGCGGGCGGGCGGCGUCUUGCUGCCGCCGCCGCCGCCGCCGCGGAGGUGGCGGGCGCGGCUGUGCAGGUGGGGGUGCCGGCGCUGGUCGCGAGCGGCGAGGAUGCGCAGGGCCGAAAGAGCUUUAAGAUUGUGCUGUGGCCGGCUCAGAACCUGCACGGGCUGCCCCUGCUUGAGGACGUCCUGCAAUCGGACCAGGCGGUGCCGCUGCUGGUGGCUCAGCCUGGCAGCGCCUGCGCCGACGCCGGCCUCGCCAACCCGCGCGACCAGGUCAAGGGCGCGGUGGUGGUGGUGCUGCGCGGGGGGUGCUUCUUCUACCAGAAGGCUCUGGCGGCGGUGGCUGCGGGCGGCAUCGCCCUGGUAGUUGCCAACAACCUGCCGGCCAACCUGCCCACCUCCAUGGUCACCAAGGCGCUGGGACAGUGGUUCAUGGGCAACGUCACACGUACCACCGGGCCCAACGCCCCCGUGCGCACCACCGUAGGCAUGGCGCUGCUGCUCGUGUCGUUGUCCGACGUGCCCUUCUUCUCCAGCUACGGCCCCACGCCCGACGGCCGCAUCAAACCCGACCUCGUGGCCCCGGGGGUUGACAUCACCUCCGCCUUUCCCGCAGCCGUGGCCUCAGCCGGGCUGGCAGCUACUGCCGGCAGCAGCAGCGGCAGUGGCAGUGGCGGGAGGAGCGGCGAGCAGAUGGAGGGGGACGCGGGUGGUAGUGGUGGAGGCUGCAGCUCUGCGAGCAGGCCGCUGUCUGGAACGUCCAUGUCGACACCCCAGGCCGCCGGCCACGCGGCGCUGGUGCGUCAGUACCUGCGCACCGGCUUCUACCCCACCGGCUCCCCGGCGGACGCCGUAGCCGCGCCCUUCACCCCCAGCGGCAUGCUGCUCAAGGCCAUGGUCAUCGCGGGCGCCAAAUCAAUGGAGGGCGGCCUCGCGUUCGGCCAGGGCUCUCCCAUGGGCCCCCCGCCCGAUGCCUACCAGGGCUGGGGCCGCCUCAGCCUGCCGAACACGCUGCCGCUGCCCGGCCUCACGCCCGCCGGCUUCUCGCUCCAGGUGGCGGACCGCGGCCAGUUCACCGCCAGCGGCCAGCAGGCGGCGCUCACCGGGAUCACGGCGACGGGGGACGGGCCCAUCUCCAUCGUGCUCACGUGGCACGACUACCCGGCGGACCUGAACGCCCCCACCCAGCUGGUCAACGACCUCGACCUGGUCGUGCGGCUGGAGCUGCCGGCAGCUACUGUCACAGCUGGGGCUGCUACAGCUGCUACAACCGCCAACGGUACGACGGCAAUCGAGGGCAGAGGCACCAAAUCCACAAACCCGACUGGCAGUAGCGGCAACAGCACCGGCGGCAGCAGCAGCCAGCAGCAGGAGCCGUUGCUACAGCCGCUGACGCAUUUCUUGGGCAACAACCAUGAGGAUGAGGCCUCGCCCUCCCCCGAUCGCCUGAACACGGUGGAACGUGUGUACAUCACCCACGCACCCGCCGCUCGGCGCCGCCCUCACCAUCACCGUGACGGCGGCGGACCUGCCCUCGCUGCUUCUGUCGGGUCCGGACGCGCUGUUGCCCCAGCGCUGGGCGGUGGCGGUGGUGGGGCACUUCAGCGGCACACUGGCCUCCGAGCUCAACCCCGCCUACGUGCGCCAGGGGCAGCUCGGCACCCGCGGCGACAGCGGCAGCCCCGCACCGCCAAGUCCCACGCCGCCACCCGCCGCUGCUCACGUCAGCUGCAGCAACAACACUGCUGCCGCCAGUGUCAACACCACCUUGCCCAUGAGGGCGCCUCCGACGGCGGCACCCGCAGCAACCGCACGGCGGCUUCAAAGCAGCAGCAGCCAAGCCCGGCACAUAAGCCGAGCCCGCCGGCAGCAGCCAGCAGCGGCUGCAAAGGCCGCCGCCGCACCUCAGCGUCACCUACGUCGUCAUCGGUUUGGUCGGCAGGCGGCGGCGGCGGCAAGGAGGGGAUCCCAUGGGCCUGGGGCCUGAGAGGCGGUGGCCACACGAGCGACGGCUUGCAGCGGCGGUGGCCGCAGCUACGUGAGCGCAUGUGGCUACUGCUGCCCGCUGGCAGGGUGAGCAGGUCGGCGGUGGCUAGCGGAAUGGAAGCGCGAAAUGCCGCUGCUUUGGUGGUGGAGGACAAGGAAGAUAUGGAGCGGAGCAUUAAGGGUACAUGAGGGGCGAUGGUUUUAAACAGCGCCAUAUACUAAUAGGCAUGCGGACGGACAUGUCGGACAUGCACAGUGAGUGAGUGUGUGUGCAGUGUGCGGGUGGGGGGGAUGCUCCAUAUAUAUGCUCCGAGUCUAUGGCUGCGGCUUUGCAUGCAUGCGGCCAGGCGCCAGGCACCAGCCAUGUACGGGGCAGCAUCAAUUCACCUGGCCAGCAAGUGAAAGGGUUGGAUA